GUGGGCGAGAGAGAGAGACAGAUAAAGGGAGAGGGGGAAGAGAGAGAGAGAAAAAGGCUGCCGUCACUGGAGGUGGCUGCUCCCACUACUGCUGUCACUGAAUAGAUGUGAGUUCACUCCGGGUGCUGUGUUUGUGUGUGUGUGUGUGUGUGUGUGUGUGUCGGGGGGUAGGGGGGUGGAGGUGGGAGGAGUCUCUGUGCUGUUAUUUGUAAAGGCUUUUGAUGGAUGAUUGCUGUGUGUGUGUGUGUGUGUGUGUGAGAGAGAGAGAGAUAGAGCGAGUGAGGGUGUCCCCCCCUUUUCUUUUUCUUUUUUUUUUUCUAGUGGCUUACUGUUCAGUGCACAAUGACUCAAUGAAAAGUGGAGGGGAGAGGCAAACACUGUACAGGCUGCAUGAGAGAGAGAGAGAGAGAGAGAGAGAGAGAGAGAGCGAGCGAGCAGUGAACACAGCAGAGUAGAAGAAGAGAAGCCAAUAGGGAGCUCUGAAGCCGGGGACGAGGAGAAGAAGAAGAGGAGGAGGUGGAUAUACUUGUCCUUUAUUUUCUCUGGCUGUCCCUCUCUCUCUCUCUCUGAAAGGCCACUCCAGGAUCAAGUGGCAGCUGUUGAGUCCGAGCUGAACUUCACCUGGCUGUGCUGUGCUCUUCAGGCAGUGCACUUUCAGCCUCCUCGUCCACUUUUGGAGGAGGUUGCAGUGGUCACCCCAGGGCAGAAGAAGGGGUCUGCAGUGAGCUGCAGGAGAGCAGGAUGCCUGCUGGGAGAAGCGUGGAUGGAGCCGGGUCAGGCGGCCGCAGGACGGCGGCGGGCCGGGUUUUCCGGUCCGGGCUGCGGACGAUGGUCGCGUGGGGCGUCCUGGUGCUGGUGGCGGGACUGGGAGGUGUGGAGGCGUGCCCCGCACCCUGCAGCUGCCUGGGCAACACGGUGGACUGCCACGGCCUCGGGAUCCACGCCGUACCCAAAAACAUCCCCAGAGGGACCGAGAGACUCGACCUGAAUGGAAACAACCUGACAGUCAUCAGCAAGACGGACUUCUCUGGUCUCAAACAUCUCCGAGUCCUUCAUCUGAUGGAGAACCAGAUCGGUAACGUCGAGAGAGGAGCUUUCGAUGAACUGAAGGAGCUGGAGAGACUUCGACUCAACAAGAACCGUCUCAGCCAACUUCCAGAGCUGCUGUUUCAGAAGAAUGAAGUCCUGACUCGGCUGGAUCUGAGCGAAAAUUUCAUCCAGGCCGUCCCGAGGAGGGCCUUCAGAGGAGCCACGGACCUCAAAAACCUUCAGCUGGAUAAAAACCACAUCAGCUGCAUCGAGGAGGGGGCGUUUAGAGCUCUGCGAUCUCUGGAAGUCCUCACGUUGAACAACAACAACAUCAGCAGUAUUCCAGUGUCCAGCUUCAACCACAUGCCGAAGCUCCGCACCUUUCGUCUCCACUCUAACUCCCUGCGCUGUGACUGUCACCUGGCCUGGUUGUCUCCGUGGCUGCGGCAGCGGGCGGCUUUAGGCCUCUACACCCAGUGCAGCUCUCCUCCCUCGCUCAGGGGCCUCAACCUCGCCGAGCUGCGAAAGAGCGACUUCGCCUGCUCAGGCCACGGCGGCAGCGCCUUCGUUCAGCCGUGCAGCCUGGCGUCCGGCUCCUGUCCUCCGAUGUGUUCCUGCAGCAACAACAUUGUGGACUGUCGGGGGCGGGGCCUCACCGCCAUCCCCGCCCACCUGCCUGAGGCCAUGACCGAGAUUCGUUUGGAGCAGAACGGCAUCAAAUCGGUUCCUCCUGGCGCCUUCACUUCCUACAAGAAGCUUCGGCGAAUAGACCUGAGUAACAACCAGAUAUCUGAGAUCGCUCCUGACGCUUUCUACGGCCUCCGAGCUCUCAACUCCCUGAUCCUGUAUGGUAAUAAGAUCACUGAGCUGCCCAGCGGAGUGUUUGACGGUUUGGCCUCUCUGGAGCUGCUGUUGCUCAAUGCCAACAAGAUCCACUGCAUCAGAGCCUCAGUGUUCAAAGACCUGGAGAACUUGGCUCUGCUGUCGCUGUAUGACAACAAAAUCCAGAGUCUGGCGAAAGGCACCUUCGGCUCGCUGCACAGCAUCCAGACACUCCACCUGGCCCAGAACCCCUUCGUGUGCGACUGCAAUGUGAAGUGGCUGGCCGACUUCCUGCGUUCAAACCCCAUAGAGACCAGCGGAGCGCGCUGCGCCAGCCCUCGCCGCCUCGCCAACAAACGCAUCGCACAGAUCAAGAGCAACAAGUUCCGCUGCUCUGCCAAGGAGCAGUACCACAUCCCAGGCACUGAAGACAGACGUUUGAGCUAUGAGUGUAACAGCAAGCCGGUGUGUCCCGCCAAGUGUCGCUGUGAGGCGAACGUGGUCGACUGCUCCAACCUCCGCCUCACCAAGUUCCCCGAACACCUGCCGUCCUCCACCGAAGAGCUGCGUCUCAACAACAACGACCUCUCAGUGCUGGAGGCCACCGGAGCUUUCAAGGGCCUGACGCAGCUCAAGAAAAUCAACUUGAGCAACAACAAGAUCUCGGAGAUCGAGGACGGCGCUUUUGAAGGCGCCUCCUCGGUGGUGGAGCUUCACCUGACAGCCAAUCACCUGGAGUCCGUCAGAGGGAGCAUGUUCAGAGGCAUGGAGGGACUACGCAUGCUGAUGCUGAGGAACAACAGGAUCAGCUGCAUCCAUAACGGCAGCUUCACAGGUCUGACCAACGUCAGGCUGCUCUCCCUGUACGACAACCAGCUGAGCACCAUCCUGCCCGGAGCCUUCGACACCCUGCCCAACCUGUCCACACUGAAUCUUCUGGCCAAUCCUUUCAACUGCGACUGCCGUCUGUCCUGGUUCGGGGCGUGGCUCCGGAGCCGACGAAUCGUGACGGGGAAUCCUCGCUGCCAGGGCCCCGCCUUCCUCCGAGAGAUCCCCCUGCAGGACGUGGCUGUGCCUGACUUCCGCUGCGAGGACGGCUCCGUGCUGGAGGACGGCAGCUGCGUCCCGGGUCCGCAGUGUCCCAGCCAGUGUACCUGUGUGGACUCAGUGGUCCGCUGCAGCAACAAACACCUGCAGGCUCUGCCCAGAGGACUCCCCCGCAACGUCACCGAGCUGUAUCUGGAUGGUAACCAGUUCACCAGCGUCCCUAAGGAGUUGGCCACUUUCAAGUACCUGCAGCUCGUAGAUCUGAGCAACAAUAAAAUCAGCUCGCUGUCUGAUGACUCCUUCUUCAACAUGAGCCAGCUCACCACUCUGAUCCUCAGUUACAACUCGCUGCACUGCAUCCCUCCUCUGGCUCUGGGUGGCCUGCGCUCUCUGAGGCUGCUCUCUCUCCAUGGAAACGACAUCUCCGAGCUGCAGCAGGGCAUCUUCAGCGACGUGGCCUCGCUGUCUCACCUAGCGAUCGGGGCCAACCCUCUGUACUGCGACUGCCGCCUCCUCUGGCUGUCCGACUGGGUGAAGAGCGGCUACAAGGAGCCCGGCAUCGCGCGCUGUGCCGGACCGGGCGGCAUGGAGGGCAAGCUGCUGCUCACCACCCCGGCCGACAAGUUCCAGUGUGUGGGUCCAGUAGACGCGUCUGUCCAGGCCAAAUGCAGCCCGUGUGUGUCCUCCCCCUGUCAGAAUCAGGGCGUCUGUGAAGUGGACCACACACAGCCGUACACCUGUACCUGCAAGCCUGGCUUCACGGGUAAACACUGCGAGACUCCAGUGGAUGCUUGUGUCAGUAAUCCCUGCACCAACGGAGGAGUCUGCCUCAGCGACGAACAGACCCGAGGGUUCAGCUGUGCAUGUGCCUUUGGGUUCCAUGGCACCUUCUGCGAGGUGAACGUGGACGACUGUCAGGACCACGGGUGCGAGAACGGCGCCACCUGUGUGGACGGAGUGGGCAACUACACCUGUCUGUGUGCUCCGAACUACACAGGUCUGUUCUGCGAGGAGGAGGAGGGUGUGUGCUCUCCAGGUAGAAACCCAUGUCAGCAUCAGUCCACCUGCAUCAGCACUCCUACCGGCCCCAGGUGUGUGUGUAUCCCAGGCUGGGUGGGGCCAGACUGCAGUAUAGAUUAUAAUGAAUGUGUGGACCAUCGCUGUCAGAACGGAGCUCAGUGUGCGGACCAUCUGGACGGCUACAGCUGCGUCUGUCCACAGGGAUACAGCGGUGAGUUUUGUGAAGUGGCCCUUCCUCCUCCGUCACCCUGCCGGCUGGUUCGGUGUCAGAACAGCGCCCCCUGUGUGGAGAAGGCGGGGACUGCGGUUUGCCAGUGUCUGCCAGGCUUUGAGGGUCAGAGCUGCGAGAAGCUGGUCAGCGUCAACUUCGUCGACAGGGAUUCUUACGUUCAGCUCCAAGACGUCAAGAACUGGCCUCAAGCCAACAUCACGCUGCAGGUGUCGACAGCAGAGGAAAACGGCAUCCUGCUCUACAACGGAGACAACGAGCCAAUCGCCGUGGAGCUCCAUCAGGGUCACGUCAGGGUCACGUAUGACCCUGGGAACCAGCCCGCCACCGCUAUCUACAGCACUGAGACGGUGAACGAUGGGCAGUUUCACACCGUGGAGCUGGUGACCUUCAACCGCAUGGUGAACCUGUCUGUGGACGGAGGAGAGCCCACCACCCUGGACAGCCAGGGCCGGAGCCAGCCGGCGACGGGGGAGGCACCUCUGUAUGUAGGAGGUAUGCCGGAGGAGGUGAUGCCAGCCUCUCUGGGUCUGUCCUCUCAGACCCUCAACGUGUCCAGUUUCCACGGCUGCAUCAGGAACCUGUACAUCAACCACGAGCUGCAGGACUUCACCCGCAGCCACAUGAAGCCGGGGGUGGUGCCCGGCUGCCAGGCCUGCCGCAAGCUCUACUGUCUGCACGGCGUCUGCCAGCCCAACGCUGCCCAGGGUCCUCAGUGUCACUGCCAGGCAGGCUGGACGGGCCAACACUGCAACCAGCCAAUAGCAGGAGGCCUAUCUGGAGCAGACGUCGUCACCACGGCGACUGGCGUCAACCCGUGUGAAGGCAACAAGUGUGUGAAGGGUGUGUGCGUGGCGCUGGACGCUCAGACGUACCGCUGCGACUGCCAAGAGGGAUACCGCGGCGCCUUGUGCAGCCUGCGGGGGGAGCCGGUGGGCUCGUGCCGGGGUCUGCAGUGUGCGCACGGCCACUGUGAGGACACGGAGGACGGAGAGCACUGCGUCUGUGAGCCGGGAUACAGCGGAGAGAGCUGCGACGUCGAGUCCCCGUGUCGCGGCGAGCCGGUGAGGGAUUACCACCGGCUGCAGCGCGGCACCGUCCUGUGCCAGACAUCCAAGCCUUUCUCCUGGGUGGAGUGUCGGGGUCGCUGCCAGGCGGGAAGCGAGGCGGGCGCCAUCGCCGCCCCCUGCUGCGCUCCUCUGAGGGUGCGACGCCGGCGGCUCGCCUUCGAAUGCGACGACGGGACCUCGUUCACGCAGGAUGUGGAGAAGCCUGUGGAAUGUGGCUGCAAGGAGUGUGUGUAGUCCUGAUGGUGCCCACGACACACACACACACACACACACACACACACACCAAGUCAAAGAGGUACACACACUGUAGGGACUCUAUCACUGAUAAACGGACAUUGUGGUGUUUGAUUUGUGUCUUCUGGCGCACAGACGCGCUCUUUGUAACAUGAGUUCUUCCCUCCCGAAAAACAUGAAAUCAACGAGUCGACCUCAUCGUCAUCUUCCUCCUCUUCAUCACUGACUACCUAACUCCACCCCCUUUUUUGCUACUCGCGUGUUGAACAGCCCGAAGUGCAGACGUGCAAACGCAGAUCAGUUGGCUUUUCACGCAGCCAAACGGCAUAAAGUAGACGUAACGUUAGCCGUGAGUUGAAUUUAGACGUUAAUCUGAUGAGGGUUGUGCUCUCCGUCGUUACAUUUCAAAGUAAACGCACGCCACUGACUUCAACCCGAGUGCGCGUUAAGGGGUCGCGGCUGCUCCCGGCUCAGCCCGAAGGUCGGGAGGUCACGGGGGACAGCAGAGGGGCCGUCACAUGUUCCCGCCGCUGCUCACCAGACGCCCGUUCUCCCGGUUUAGACUGGGCGGGGUGAGCUGGGUGCGUGUGUGUGUGUGUGAGUGUGUGUGUGUUACCUGUACGUAUGUCCUUGUGAGGACCAGACUUUGUCGACCUUGAGAGUGAAGACAUUUUGUCUGUUUUGAAUCGAAACGCGUGUUUCAUCAGGUUUUUGAGGACUUCGGCUGCUGGAGGGGAGGGAAACAAGCUGUUAACGCAACACUGGGUCGCAGCGUUUGUAAAAAUGUUGUCGAGUAAAGUACAAACAGCUUCCUCCUUUGAAGCAGCGUCGGUGCUCCGCUGUGUUUGGUGUCUCAACAACUGAAAAGACAUUUUUGCUAUUACGGCGAGAGUAACGUGGUUUGUUCUCCACUCUCUCCUGAGGGAAAUUUGUGGCUCGUCAGCCGCCGUGUGCGAGUCGCUCGCCGUGUGCUGCCGAGAGCGUUGAGAGCGAAAACAAAAACAGUGAGCUGAAAGAUGCUAAAGCGCUCCGAGAGCUCAGAGUUCUGGCUUUAAAUUUAAAAAUGAUGGCUUUGCAUUGUGUCAGAACAUUAAAAAGACGUUCAAAUAAUGCAGGAAGGUCAGGGUCCUCACAAGUAUGGAAGUUUGUGUGUGUGUGUGUGUGUGUGUGUGUGUGUUCGUCACCGUACGACGCUUCCAACAACACGACGCUGUCCCUCAUAAUGAGCUUCAUUAUGCGACGAGUUUGCAGGGCGUUCGUUCAGAUCAAACGCCUCCUCUCCGAUUUGUCAGAAGAGCCAGUGAACGCAUCAUAGAAAUUGUAGCUUUUAUAUAUGAUGACAUGUUAUUUAUAUGGAUGUGAAACUAAAAUAAAGCUGCAUAAUAUUGAAUUUUAACAUGUUUUUAUUUGUUUGUUGUUGGUUUUUUUGUUGUUGUUGUUAGCCUUUCAGUCACAUAUCAGAUUCAAACUAAUGUAGCUUUCAUUAUUAUUGUUAUACGUGCAGUACAUCCACACACAGUAACAGUCUAACAGAUUGUAAUAUAUACUAUAAGCUUAUAACUCAUUUGAUUUUGUCAUAGUAUUUUUAUAUGUUGAAGAGGAUGUUGUCGCUGUAUCAUCUGUAGACUGUAGAGAAGUCUUUGUUUUCGGUUGUUUCCAAGCCGCCCUCACAUCAUUGGUGGGAAUUUUACAUAAAAAGAUUAAAAAAAGAACAAAAAGAAGAAAACAUCAGGUAGUGUCGGUUCACGUUGCCUCAGCCGAAAGGAGGCGACAACUAGUGCUUCUUUUCCUAUUUAUUUAAAUAAAAAGCUGUUUCUCCUU